CAUCAUUUAUAAACAUUGGUGGACGAACUUUGUAACCAGUCACAAGAAGUUUUUCGGACAUAGAUUUUGUAUUUGGGACACUUUCAAACUUCUGACGCGAGGAAUGAAGAGAUGAAUUUUAUCCCGGUAUUGUGAAGAUGGCGCGAGUCCAGAGCCCAGUCCCAUAGACUGAAAGGAAGGAAUGCAGAUAGAUGGAAGGUGCUUGGGAUAUUGCAUCUGUGAUCUUCCAGGUGUGGGUGUCAAUUGUGGUGGGCCUCAUCAUGUUACCUGCCAUGUUUGGCGUGUCCCUGGGGUUCACUGAUAUCUACAUCAAGGUGCUGGUUAAGACACUUGAGUGGGCAACCCUCAGGAUCCAGAGAGGGCAAAAGCAACAGGCCACACUCUCAUCACAGUCAACCAAUGGGAUUAUAGAAAAGGAUGAUGGCUCAAUGGAGGAGGAGAUCGGAGAGCUGCGACGGUCCCACCCCAAAUCUCUGGCAGGGGGAGACUUUACGCUAUGUGAUGUCUUUUAUUUUUGUAAGAAAGGCAUUGAGAACAUUGUUGAGGAUCAGGUGACUCAGCGCUUCUCGUCGGAGGAACUGGCUUCCUGGAACCUCCUCACGCGAACCAACAACAACUUUCGUUACAUCAGUGUGCGGGUCACUAUCAUAUGGGGCCUGGGAGUUUUUAUACGUUACUGUAUCCUGCUGCCUCUCAGGAUCACUUUGGCUGCUAUUGGAUUGAGCUGGCUGGUGAUUGGGACUACUAUUGUUGGAUUUCUACCCAACAGCAAUGCGAAGAACUGGCUCAGUGAUCUGGUUCACAUUACUUGCUAUAGAAUAUGUGCCAGAGGCCUGUCAGCCACUAUCUGCUAUCAUAAUAAGGAGAAUCGCCCCAAAAAAGGAGGUAUUUGUGUUGCCAACCACACCUCCCCAAUUGACAUUGUCAUUCUGGCAAACGAUGGAUGUUAUGCUAUGGUGGGUCAAGUUCAUGGAGGGCUGAUGGGGGUUAUCCAGAGGUCAAUGGUGCGAUCCUGUCCCCAUGUGUGGUUUGAGAGAUCAGAGGGGAAAGAUCGCCAUGCGGUUGCCAAAAGGUUAAAAGACCAUAUUGCUGAUGAAACCAAGUUGCCAAUCUUGAUCUUCCCAGAGGGUACUUGCAUUAAUAAUACAUCAGUCAUGAUGUUCAAGAAGGGAAGCUUUGAAAUUGGUGGAACGAUAUACCCAGUAGCAAUCAAGUAUGACCCUCAGUUUGGAGAUGCUUUCUGGAAUAGUGCCAAGUACAACAUGGUGAGCUACCUUCUCAGAAUGAUGACCAGCUGGGCCAUUGUGUGCAAUGUGUGGUACCUCCCACCUAUGACUCAACAGGAUGGGGAGGAUGCUGCUCAUUUUGCUAACAGAGUGAAAUCAGCCAUAGCACAUCAGGGAGGACUGGUGGAUUUGUCCUGGGAUGGAGGACUGAAGCGAGCAAAGGUGAAGGACUCAUUUAAAGAGGAGCAACAGAAGAUGUACAGCAGUAUGAUUGUUGGCUUGGACUGUCACAAGACCUUUGUGGGUCCUGCAUAGAUUUCAGCUCAAAAUAUUUAUGAACUUGAUUUGAAAGUGAAAAACACUUGUAGGUGAGCCAUCGGAAACAAUCACUCAGCUUGCACCAACACAGUUAUGAUGCUGUGUGAUUUUUCCCCUUUUAAUAUAGGGGGCUCUUUUUUUUUAAAACUGGAACAUUAACUUCUUUCUUUCUUUUUUACAUCCCAAACUGGAUUUGUCUUUUUGGGUGUUAUGUUUAUCUUUUGAAUGCAUCCUUAAAUCUAUAAUAAUAAUGUGAAGACAAUUCAAGAUUGUGGUGAUAUAUAUAUAGUCUUAUUACACUUUUGUCAAGUUAUUUGUUCUCAAACGUUGCUAGGUGCUGAUAUGUUUUGUUUUCCCCACAGUACACUAUUUAGAUUUGCAUGUUACUAUUUUCACUUUUAUGCAUGGUCUUAUCCUAUUCUAUUCCUGUUACAUGAUUUAUGAAAGACUGCUUUAGAUAAAGCUCUUAAAGAAUGCCAGUUGCACACUCUUAAAGGGAUAGUUCACCCAAAAAUGAAAAUUCUGCCAUCAUUCACGUCCCCUUAAAUUGUUUCAAACCUUUAUGACUUUCUUUCUUCCACUGAACACAGAAUGACAAUCUGACAGUCACUAUUCAGCUGCAUUGCAUUUGUUUUCCAUAUAAUGAAAGUGAAAGGUGAAUGAGACUGCCAUCUACCUUACAUCUCAAUUUGUGUUCCAUGGAAGAAAGAAAGACGGUUUAGAACAAUAUAAGAAUGAGUACAUUAUGACAGAAUUUAAAUUGGUGGGGUGAACUAUUCCUAUGAGGACUUUUCUCAGGUCCAGCUGACUGUUGUUGUGUGGACACUAGAGGUCACUCUUAGCAAACUAAAGAAAAUCUUAGCCACGCCAGACAGCUCACUGUCACAAUUUGCCUUUUCUCAAUAAAACAAUGAAAUUAAA